GACUGCGAGGUGUACGCAUAUCUCCUGGAGCAGAUAAGCCCACCCGAAAAGAAACCAUUCCUUCAUUCGGCACAGGCCAUUUUGGACGCCGUAGAUCUGGUACAGAGGGCUGAAAUGGUCCUGCAGAAUGCAGAAAAGCUCAACUGCCGAGUGUUUGUACAACCAAAAGACAUCAUAGCCGGCUCCCAGAAGCUCAACCUAGCAUUUUUGGCCAAUCUCUUCAACACGAACCCUGCGCUUGAGAAGGCCGCCAAAGCUGAAUCACCGCCAAUUAUUGAGGAGACAAGGGAGGAAAAAAGUGAGUCUCCCCACUGCCCUUGCCUCUGCGUGUGGUGCGGCUGCCUUGCAAAGGCCAAAAACAUCCGAGUAGCACGCGUGUGGUUUCGCGGUAGCUAUGACCUUAGUGGUAUGGACAAGAUAAGAGCAAAGUACCUAGCUGAAUGA